AUGGCCGGUGUAUUUGUUUUGCUUAUACUCAUUGCUCUCAUCUAUGCUCUAUGUUAUUAUAUUUACAAAGUUUAUAUUUAUUCUCCACCGGUUGAAAAUGAACAAUUACGGAAUCGAUGUGUAAUUAUCACGGGAGCAUCGCGUGGAAUUGGCGAGCAACUAGCCUAUGAAUAUUCGCGUUAUAAUUGUCGUUUAGUCUUAGCUGCACGAAGCAUUGACAUCCUGAAAAAUCAAGUCGCAUCGAAAUGUCGAAGUCUCGGCGCGACUCAAGUCGAAUGUGUUGAAUUCGAUGCUUCGACGGAACAAGCUUGUAAAGAUUUAAUUGAAAAAACAAUUGGAUUCUAUCAAAGAAUCGAUAUUCUUGUUCUUAACCAUACAGCAUCGGUUUAUCAACCAUAUUUCAAUAGUGAUAUUCCAACAAAUGUUCAAAACAUGAAAAAGCUCUUCGACACAAAUUUCUUCGGAUAUUUUCACACAGCCAUGUCUGCACUUCCGCAUUUAAAUCAGAGUGGAACAAAACAACGACCAGCGCAAAUCAUCGCAAUUUCAUCAUUGACAGGUGCUUGUCCGUUACCUCAAACGACUAUCUAUGGUACAACAAAACACGCUAUUCAAGGCUUCUUUUUAAAUCUCGCUCGUGAACUUCGUACGUCGGAAUUAUACGAAAGUCGUGUCACAUCAACCGUUGCUAUUCUCGGUCUGAUCGCCACUGAGAAAGCACUUGAUACAACAGAUCGAAGUCUUCAUAUGUUUGCAGCGAGUGUACAAAAAACAGCACAAGCGAUUCUUGCGGCAGGAGUUUAUGGGCAAAGUCGUUUGUUUUAUCCACAUGUUCUCGGACUGAUUCCACCGCUUUAUUAUAUAUUUACUCCGUUAUUUGAUUUAGUCGCGCGUUUAGGUAAUUGA